AUGGAUUUAAUGGGAUUGAAGCUGCUUACGAAUUUGGAAGACGAGAAAGAUGAAACUAAUCGUUUGAUCUUGGAAUCAGGCAAGGAAUUUUGCCUCGAGUUUGAUACGAGUGUUGCAGGGAAAGGCAACCUCAGUGCUCAAGUCCUUGGACCGGAUGGAAGGUUGCAGGUGUACGUUGAGGAUAACAGCGCUGUGACCGCCAUAAGCUUUACACCAAGUCAUGAAGGCGAUCAUUAUAUCCAUUUAUUUUGGCGGGGUAAUCCGUUGCCAAUUUCGCCUUUACUUGGACAUUGUCAAGGCCCCGUUUUUGGCGUCGACCCUAAAAAUGUUGUUCUUCACGGUAGAGGAUGCAUAGAAGGCAGAGCUAAAGUUCCAGCGGAAUUUAUCAUUGAUGGUCGCAAAGGAGGUGAUGGUUUACCAGAAGUACAUCUUCGUGGUAUUCAUGACGAAACACGCGUACAGGUCACCAAGUUAAAAUAUAACCGAUACAAAUGCACCUACACCGCUGAAAACGCUGGAAGUUACCUGCUUUACGUGAACUGGUCAGGCGAACCGAUUCCUAUGACACCAAAGAAAAUCACAAUUGGACUUAAAGGCAACGUUUCCUUGGUCAAAGUAACCGGGAAGGCUCUUAUUAGGGGAAUAGCAGAACAGAACAUGGCCAUUAAUGUCAACACGCAACAGGCAGGACCAGGUUACAUAGAAGCAUCUUGUCAAAACUGUAAUGGACAAGUGCCCUGUGACGUCAUCGAAAACGCACCUGGAUUGUACACCAUUAACCUAUUUCCUGCAGUACCAGGCCAGUAUCACCUCGAGAUUUUUUACGACGGCGACAAAGUACCAGGCAGUCCUUUCCUUUUGCGAGUUGGAGAACCACCCGAUGCAACGCAGGUCAAAGUGUGGGGCCCAGGCAUUAAAGACGGCAUUCUUAAUUCUUUCGAAAGUAAUUUCUUGGUUGAAACACAAGGAGCUGGGGUCGGUCAGUUAUCUAUCAAAAUGAAAGGACCUAAAGGUGGUUUUCAAGUAAAUACGAAGCGAGACGCAACCAGCAACCGUACUAUAGUGUGCUGGUAUGAACCGACAGAAGCUGGUCGAUAUGUGGUCAAUAUCUUGUGGUCAGGUGUUCAAAUACCAAACAGUCCUUUUACAGUUAAUAUUUACGAAACAUUGGAAGAAUUACAAAAAGCCACAGGGAAGCUGAUUAGGAGUUAUCAGGAUACAUCAUCACAGAACAAUUCACAAUGGACUGAAGACAUUUAA